CCGAGCCCGACUCUCGAAGCCCUGAAGUAAGAGAGAGAGGGCCUGCGCGGGCCACCGUAGCAUCGAUCUCCGAGGGACGCGGGUUUCCGCCAGUCCCAUUGCUUUUAGUCUCGAGGGUACCGACAUUGUGUCUACUUCCCCGGAAUAACUGCUUCACGGUUGUCUGAGAAGCCUGGCGCAACUCGUCCGACUUGUUGAGGGUAUGGGAAGAGGAGGAGGUGAGUAAGCCGGAAGUGGUGGUCCAGCUCUCAGGUGAGUUGGUACUUCGUGGGGUUCACCCAGCCUUCUCCCCCGAUAUGUUUCUGCCUUCUACCCACCCCCAGUCUUGUCCGUAGGGGAAGAUCUUGUUCUGGGUCUGAGCGUGAUCCCAGAAACAGGGGCAGGUGCGUUGACUCCCAAAACGACCCCACACCGACCGGCUCGCCCCAAGAAUUUCUUGAUGACAGACGAAAGCUUGGGGAAAGUUCUGGGGAGGCUGGGCCAGGGAAUCCGCACUCCUUACGGUGCUCUUCACCCAUUUUGUUGUCAUGGACCCUCUGGAUGAAGCCAAUGGAUCACCUUCCCGGAAUUUUGCUUGUUAGAGAGUAAAAUAGGAUUACAAAGGAUGGGAAUUAGAUCGGAAUAGUUGUCGAAGCCCAGGUUAAGAACCACUCUCAAUUAAAAGAUCAUCUUUUGGACAUAUCCCUCCAAGACUCCACCUGAAAUUGGAAGAAGCACUAAUUUUAUUACAGCCAAAUGUAUACAUAAUCCAUUUAGUCAUCAGAAGGCAUGCGUAUUUGAAUUGACGAAUAACACAAUUAAGUUGUAGGUGAGAUUUCUCUAUGAGAAGUAGAUUGUUUCUAGUGAGUUGGAAGUUCUCAAAGGUAUGAUUCAAGUGUUUUUUUAAGUUAGGAACAAUUUUUGCUUUUUAUUGAGGAAAUCAAAAUUUGUUCAAGAAAGUUUCUACCAUUUAAAAAGUAUGUUUUCAUAGACCAAGACUUUAAGUAAUGUAUUCUAUGCAUCUUGUUGACUGACUGGAAGAGGUAUGUUGGGAAGGUACUUUUCCUCUCAUUCGGUGAUAACCCUUUUCCAAAAUGUCAUAUCAUAAAAUUGCUGGACAAAUAUCAUAAUCACUGAGUAGUAGACUGUAGUAGUUAUAUAACUUACUGGGCAAAUUCAGUGGUAAAAAAGAUGUCUGUGAAUUUUGUAAACUUAAUUUUAAACUCACUAGGAAAGCUUGCAAAUUAAAGGAGCUCUGUCCUCUUAAUUUUAACUUCUUUGUAAAUCUUGACUUUCAUUAAUUGAAUUUGGUUUGUUUAAAGUUGAGUACGCCUGAAGGAUCCUGAAUACAGGUAGAUAGUGAUCCUUUUAAAAAAUAUCUCUGGGGAAGAAGAUUGUGGCCAGAUACCCAUUCUAAUGUUUUGAAAUUCUUUUAAGAAUAGGAGCAUCCGAGGCCCAGCCUAUAUUUCAUCAGCUUGGGUUUCUUCCUUCCAAAGAACAUCUAAUUCACAGAUUACCAGCCUCUCUUUGAUAAUCAGUUUCUUUUACCUAGAUCUGUAGAAAACAUUUGGGGAAAAUGACACACUGGUUUCAUCGGAACCCACUAAAAGCUACUGCACCUGUCUCCUUUAAUUAUUAUGGCGUAGCUACAACUCCUGCAGCUUCAAAAAUUUGCAAUGAUUUGAGAUCAUCAAGGGCACGACUACUUGAGCUAUUCACUGAUUUGAGCUGUAACCCAGAAAUGAUGAAGAAUGCAACAGAUUCCUACUUUUCUCUUUUGCAAGGUUUCAUAAAUUCAAUGGAUAACUCUACCCAAGAAAGCAAAUUGAGAUAUAUUCAAAACUUUAAGUGGACUGAUACAUUACAAGGUCAUGUUCCAAGUGCCCAGCAAGAUGCUGUGUUUGAAUUGAUUUCCAUGGCUUUUAAUGUAGCUUUAUGGUAUACCAAAUAUGCAUCAAGAUUGGCUGGAAAAGAAAACAUAACAGAAGAUGAAGCAAAAGAAGUUCAUAAAAGCUUAAAAAUUGCAGCUGGGAUUUUCAAACAUUUGAAGGAAAACCAUAUUCCCAAACUUAUCACACCUGCAGAAAAAGGCAGGGAUUUGGAAGUUCGACUCAUAGAUUCCUACAUUAUUCAAUGUCAAGCUGAAGCUCAAGAAGUUACAAUUGCUCGAGCAAUUGAACUCAAACAUAAUCCAGGUCUAAUUGCUGCGCUGGCAUAUGAAACAGCCAAUUUCUAUCAGAGAGCUGAUCACACUUUAUCCAGUUUGGAGCCUACAUACACUGUUAAAUGGAGGAAAUACCUUCACUUGAAAAUGUGCUUUUACACAGCUUAUGCUUACUGCUAUCAUGGUCAGACUUUGCUGGCAAGUGAUAAAUGUGGUGAAGCAAUCAGGUCUCUCCAGGAAUCAGAAAAAUUUUAUGACAAGGCCGAAGCCCUGUGCAAAGAGUAUGGAGAAACCAAAGGACCUGGAACAACAGCGAAACCUUCAGGACAUCUGUUCUUUAGGAAACUUGGAAGCCUAGUGAAAAAUACUUUAGAAAAAUGUCAGAGAGAAAAUGGAUUCAUCUAUUUCCAAAAAGUUCCAACAGAAACACCACAACUUGAACUGAAAGCAAACUAUGGUCUUGUAGAGCCUGUACCCUUUGAAUUUCCUCCUGUAAAUGCACACUGGACACCAGAAACACUAGCUGCAUUUGAUCUCACCAAGAGGCCAAAGGAUGAUAAUGCCAAACCCAAACCAGAGGAAGAAUUGAAACCAGUCAAAGAACCAGAUAUCAAACCGCAGAAGGAUAGUGGCUGCCAUAUUUCCUAGAAGACCAUAGAAACAGGAAGCUCCUCUUUUAAGUGGAUUGGGUUAACUCUGGGACUGGAUUAUUUUUUGUGAUUCCUCAGGAGCCUGAAGAAUAAUUUGCUUUUUUUCAUGGGUCUUCACUAUUUCAACGCUCGCUUUUUAGUAGGGUGGGGUUUUUUUUAAUGCUUUGUUUCUUUGUUUCCACUUUAGUCAGUUCACUAGAAUAGCUUCUUAUAGACCUUACUUUGACUUGAAGAUAUGGGAAGAGGUUUUUUUGGAGAACUCUAGUAAUAGGUUUCAGGUUAAUAUAUUAAAUUAUAAAAAAGAAUCAUGGUUCUCCUUGUCACAAGAAGAUUUGUUUUCAUUUCUCAUCUGUCAUUGAAAUUAGAGGAGAGAUUCAGAUAAGAGUCCACAAAGAAAAAACAGUUCUUACUUCCUUAUGGCUAUAUUGCAUCAUGGCACAAACCUGUAACACUCCCAAGCCAUAUGUUAUUUCUCAUGUGAAACAACUUUCAUAUUAUGGAAGAAUCUGAAAAUCAUUAGCAGUUAGGCUUCUUGAUACAUAUUUGCCUAAAAUUAAUAUUUUUAAAACUAGAAUUGCAAUGUACAUGUUAGAACAUUUAAGAUAAGUCUGAUUUUAUUUCUAGUUAGCUAAACAGGCUUUACUUCUUUCUUGAAAUGAAUAUUUAUUUUAAAUCCCUUUUUAGAGAGCUUAUGUGACUUAAGGAACUAAUUUGUGUAUAACAAGCUUUAUAUAUCUGUAUGAAAGAAGGUAAGAAGAAAUUAGCCCUUGGAAAUCAUAUGCCAUACAAUAAUGCAGAAGAUUUUUAGAAGCUUGAAGGAACUACCUCUUUGGAAUUACACUGGUUACCUUUUAUUUCUGUUUCAAAGAAGUGUCCAAGUCAGUUGGUUUCAGACUUGAAUAUAUUCUCUUUUCAUAAGGCUUUCAAUAGUAGUCUGUAUAUCCUGUCAGAAUGAAUGAAUAAAAAGAAUUAAAUGCUUACUA